AAAACAUAUAGGAAUGCAUGGAGGGUUUUUAAAUUUUAGCCACAUGGGUGAUGGGCUUAUUGUUCACAAAGUUUUGGAGGCUUUUCAACUCUCGAGACUAUAAAGUCAUAAUUUUGGGGUUGGAUAAUGCUGGAAAAUCUACUAUUUUGUACCAAUUCGUUCUCAAAGAAGCUGUACAGACUUCUCCCACCAUUGGAAGCAAUGUUGAGGAAGUAAAGUGGAAGAAUCUGCAUUUCGUAAUGUGGGAUAUUGGUGGACAAACUUCUGUUAGGGCUUCCUGGACCACAUACUUUGCAGGCUCAGACUUUGUCAUUUUAGUUGUUGACAGUACAGAUCGAGAACGUCUAUACCUGACUAAACAGGAGCUGUGUAAACUACUAGUUGCUGAGUUGAAACGCUCGAAAAUGUUGAUUUUUGCCAAUAAACAAGAUGUCUCUGGCUGCAUGUCUGUUGCUGAAAUCAGUCACAAUCUAAACCUUACGUCUAUUAGGGACCACCCAUGGCAUGUACAGCCUUGUUGUGCACUCACAGGAGAAGGGCUUCCCCAAGGUUUAGAUUGGAUCGCUACUCAAAUUGGGCGAUAACAAUGAAGGUUUUUAUUAUUCUUAUCUUCAUUUUCGAUAUACAUUUCUGUAAUUAUGAUGUUAAUUGGUUAGCGUAGUCAAGGAAGUCAUGUUCAAGUUACGUUUAUCACCGAUGUGAGUUCGUUUGCAGUUGUCGAUAUUUUUUAUAGAAGUUAGUAUUGGAAAUAUUGUUACUUUGAUCUUCCUACGUUUAUUUGUCAAAUUCGAUGAUUCCUUAACUAUAUCUAUCCUAUUUUCUGUAAAUUGUUUGUCUCAUAAUAUUUCCUGUAGUAACAUUAUGUCGCUUGUACAGAAUUUAGUGUGUUUAUUUAUUUCCACUUAACUUGAUGCUGUAACAUUUAGGUGAAAGAAUUUUUUUUAAAAAAAACAAAAGCCAAUAGGAUUAAUAUUUUUGUUUUCCUCUUUUAUGCUGAAGUUUUUGCUUAGUGAAUAUAAAAGUAUUACAAUUAUUUUUCAAAUUAAUUUAUUUAUUCGUACACUUACAUUUCGAUAAGUAUUUUUUCACUUCUGUUUUUUUUGUCAUAUGCAGGCAUUCAAUAAUUUCAUGUUUAGAAACUCAAAUGUUUUAUAAGUUGCGUAUUUUUAUUUAAAUAGCUAUAUGCACCGUGUAUAUAUUUAAGUUUCUGCUUUCAUGAUUUCUAAUCUUUUAGUAUCCACCUUUAUAAUGUUGAGAUGCAGUGUAAAUUAGAUGUUUUAAAAUGCAGUCGCCAAAAUAUAACUGUUGUCUGUCAUUACUCGUUACUUUGAGCGUGUAUCUAAUGUUUAGAUAUGCUUUUCCUUUGUUACUAUUGCUUCUGUUUGCUAAGAUAACGAAAAUAAACAAAAGAAAUGAAGAGAGGUGGUGUGAGUUGUCUUGUUCCAUAAAACCA